AUGGCCACGCCCCUCUACAGGCUGCGUUGCUUCCUGCGGCGAGCUCAGAUGCUCCUCCUCUUCCUGGGGAUUGCCUACCUGAUGGCAGGGAGCAUCCUGCUGCUGCAGCGCUCCAGCCUGACCCUAAAGACCGCUCAGCCACCAGGCGACGCCAGUCUCCCUUCUCUCGUGGCACUGCCAGCACCUCCCACAGCUGUGAGGGCCUCCCCCGGCCUGGGCCUGAGGGCACGCUCCAGAUGGGCAGCCACCCAGGGUGUGUUGGGUGGUGGAGGGGGCAUCAAGACGGGGCGACACUGGCCCACGUCCCGACACUUGGGGGUCCAACACCUGCACCACCGCUGGUUCCACGGUCUCAUGCCAGACACGCAGGAGCAGAGAGGUCCUCUACAACGCAAUAAAAGGCACAAAGGGACCUACAUGGGCUGCUUCAUGCAUGAUGCCAAUGAACGAGCCCUGGGGGGAACCAUGCUGUAUGAUCUGCGCAAAAUGACCAGCUCUCUGUGUCAAGACACCUGCUCAGAAAGUGGUUACCGGUUCGCAGGUCUGGAGUAUGGAGCAGAGUGUCACUGUGGUAACCGCAUCAGCAGCCCGCGGGCCCAGGAGGAGGACUGUAGCCUGGGCUGCAGAGGGGAGAGGGGGAAGAGGGGAGCACCCUGUGGUGGCGUGGGGCGCCUCUCCAUCUACAAGGUGGAGGAACAGCUCCCAGGACAGAGGAAAUUCAGAAACGUCCGCUACAGUGGCUGCUUCAAGUUGCCCAAAAACAACACUAUCGUCUUCCCUGUCUACUCCCUCCAGUCAAACUCCACGUCACAGUCCUGCAUCGAGACCUGCACAGAUAAGGAGCUCCCACUGGCUGUGUUGAGGAACCCACACUGUUACUGUGCCUGGGCCUCGUCUCUGUUUAGACUGAACCAACGUCUGCCACCAGACCAGCCAUGUCUGGAGACCAACGGCACAGCACACACUGUUGCCUCCACAUCCCGGUCGGACCAAUACUACUACCAGGUCUACCAGACACCUGUGCUUGACUCCAGGUGCAAAGAGAGGACGUUUCUACCUGAGAGGUCCACCUCCCUGGUGGCUCUCUCCAGCUUCCCCGGAGCUGGCAACACCUGGGUACGCCACCUGAUCGAGCUCGUGACAGGCUACUACACUGGCAGCUUCUACUUCGAUGGCACGCUUUACAACAGAGGUUUCAAAGGGGAGAAGGACUACUGGAAGAGUGGGCGUAGCAUCUGUGUGAAGACCCAUGAGAGUGGGCAGAGAGAGAUCGAGAUGUUUGACUCUGCCAUCUUACUGAUCCGAAACCCCUACCGUUCCCUCAUGGCAGAGUUCAACAGGAAGUGUGCCGGACACCUUGGCUACGCCACAGACAAACAGUGGAGGAGCAAAGAGUGGCCAGAGUUUGUUGACAGCUAUGCCCCCUGGUGGGCGUCCCACGCUCUGAGCUGGCUGCAGUUUGGCCGUCGCCUGUUGGUGGUGCACUACGAGGACCUGCAGAGGGCGCUCUUUCCCCAGCUCCACCUCCUCACCUCCUUCCUCAACGCCACCAUAACGGAGGAGAGGCUGAUGUGUGCCCAGAGCAACCAGGACGGUCACUUCAAACGCUCUGGUAGGGCCCAGCGGCCCUCCUUCGACCCCUUCACAGCGGAGUUGAGGAGCACCAUUGACUCCUACAUCCACACAGUGGACCAGGCCCUGAGGGACAGGAACUACAGCGGCCUGCCGCACGACUACAUACCCAGAUGAUCCUCCUCAGCUGAUCCACACUGGAGUCCAAAAGGACACGUCAACAAAUAAAGGGGAGGGGGAAGGUGUAAUCUCUGCCACCACUC